CCUCACCAUGCACUUCCACCACCUCCACCAAAAUGGCAUCCCACACUCUCUCUCUCUCUACUCUCACUCUCCUCCUCCUCCUCUCUCUCUCCCACGCCGCGACCCCCUCCGCCCCGGCCCCCGGCCCCGCCGGCCCCAUCAACAUCACCGCCAUCCUCGAAGACGGCAGCCAGUUCACCACCUUCAUCCGCUUCCUCACCGACAACGAAAUCUCCGACCAGAUCAACAACCAAGUCAACACUUCAACCGAUGGCAUGACUGUAUUCGCGCCAACUGACAACGCCUUCUCGAACCUUCCAGCUGGAACGCUGAACAAGCUAACCGACAGGCAGCAGAUCCAGCUCAUUCAGUACCACAUCUUGCCCAAAUACUACGACUUGACGAGCCUUUUGACUGUUAGUAACCCUGUGAGGACGCUGUUGAGUGGCCAAGACGACGGCGUUUACGGGCUCAACUUCACGGGCCAGGCCACGCAAGUGAAUGUCUCUACGGGGAUUGUUGACACGCUUAUUAACAACCCGUUGAGACAGAAGAAGCCGCUCGCGGUUUAUCAGGUUGACAAGGUUUUGUUGCCGGCUGAGUUUUACGAGGCCAAGCCGCCGGCUGCGGCGCCGAAAGCGAAAGGGAAGGGGGAAGUGGAGGCGGCGCCGGCGCCGAAGCCGAGUAAGGAGAAGCCGGCGGAUGAUAGUAGUGAUUCGGGUCGGAUGAUGAAUGUCGGGUUUGGGUUGGUUGGUGGUGUGGGCUUGUUUUGCAUGGGAAUGCUUUUUUGAUUUAAACAUGCGUUCACUUCAUUCGCCGAUCACGAUGAACGUACAUUCAUUAUGUCAAUAAUUAGUUUUGUAUUGUAACUUUAUUUUUUGGUUUCGAAUUGUUUGAAUGUUCUUUCUAAUAAUAUUGAUUGAUGCGUUUCUAUUUCUUUCA